CUGUCCUACAUAUCACCACAACUUGCUUGACCAUAUCAACGGACAGUGGAUCAGUACUGAAAAUGGGAAAGGUAAGAUUAUGUCACAAAAUGAUUAAUAUCUUACUGCAGAGGAAUUAUUUGUUAAAUUACAAACCAAGAGUUAAUAAUUCAAAGACAUGCUUUCAAUAAAAACAUAGGGACAUAGUAAAAUGGCUGCCAUUAACUGUCACUAUUAACAGCUGAUAGUCUGAAGUGGCUAAAAAUCGCCAUAAUAUUUCUAGCCUUGUAGCUAAAUUUUAGUAACACUUUCACUAAUAGCAGCUGCUGCGGCAGGUAUCAACCAGUCUUAUAUUAGUCUCUUGCUGGUAAAGCAAAGAAACACAUACCAGUAAAUUCACACUAGCUUCUUUAUGAACAGUAGUGACAGGUGAGAUUUAGCUGUCUUUAACCACUUUACUCCAAGCUAGAGGUAAUGGGAGCCACUAGUGACUACUUAGUGACUUGUGAAACUUCUCGGUCAGGAACUGCUCGUGAGGAUUUGCAACAUGCUACAAAGUAUUGACAAAAUUGCGAGAAGAUGUGAGUGGAUAAAAAGUUUAAAAAUGUAGGUAAAAUAACAGAAAAAAAAAUACUAUUCUUACUUCUUUCUGUACCUAUAUCUAGGUUCAGUUUAAAAGAAACCUUUUUUUUUUUCAUCUAUCUGCAGUUUAUUACUAAAGAAGUUCACUAUUAACUUUAACUUUCACUUUCCACUGGGAUAAAUCAUGAAAUUAGCCCUGGAACUUAGUUUGAGAUUGGUAAUAUUGAGUAUACCAAUCUCAAACUUAACGGACAUUAGAUAGCUAAUAUAAUGCUGGCUGCAGUAAGGGGGGAUAAUAGGAGCAUGGCAUUUCAGUAAUAUGAUUUAAAUUACUGCUAUGCCCCAGAUGUGUCUCACUCCCUGUCCCAACCUCUUUUUCUCUUGGUACCUGCCAAAGGACACGAGUAUGGAAAUAGAUGAAUGCGCUGCAAAACAAAAGAAGAAUACAUUACUUUAUAACCUAAUAUAUACAGUAAUCAAAUCAGCAUUACAUUAUAUUUGGCAAUAAACAGCACAAUGGGCUUUUCAUGUUAUAAUUGUAAAUCCAAAGCCCCAGAAUUAAACCCAUCGUCAUAGCUUUAGUGAUUAUAUCAUAUAUACAUUUGUGUAAUAGUCGAGCCCUUGUGAUCCUUGUUAUUUAUUAUGUUUGAUGCACUGCUGGCAACUAAAAAAAAUGUAUAAUAUAUAUUAAAAUUUAUAUAUAUAUUCUAAUGUGUAAUUCCAUUCAUAGAUUGUCUUCUACGAGGAUCGUAACUUUCAGGGACGCUCUUAUGAGUGCAGCUCUGAAUGUCAAGAUUUGACCUCAUAUUUUAAUCGUUGCAAUUCCAUCCGAGUGGAAAGUGGAAACUGGAUCCUGUAUGAGCACCCAAACUAUAGAGGACACCAGUAUUACCUUAGCAGGGGAGAAUAUCCUAAUUUCCAGAAAUGGAUGGGUUUCAAUGAUUCCAUCAGAUCUUGUCGUGUUAGCCCACAGGUAAAUAUUUUUACCAGAGCAGUUAAGAAUUUUACAAAAAUAUUUUUAAAGAUGCACCCCCAAAAGAGCAUUCUUGGUUCCAAUCUAUGAUUAAUAAAGGUAUAACUUUUGAAAUUAUAACCUUGUUUAUUUGAAAAACAUUUUUAAAUGUAUGUAUGUAAUGUUUUCUUAAUCAACUAAGUCAGCACUUACUUUCAUGGCCACAAGAGGGUCAGUGUCAAAAUUAAAAAACUCUCGGUGUAGGUUCUAGAUAUUCACAUGAAAUUAUGCAAGACUUUGUCAUACUAUCCGUGAAUUAUAAAUAUUUUUUAAUCUCAUAAAGCACCAUGGAUCAUUCAGAGUGAAGGUCUAUGAGAGGGAUGAUUUCAGAGGUCAGAUGAUGGAGUUCACUGAAGAUUGUCCUAAUACUCAUGAAAGAUUCCAUUACCAUGACAUCAACUCCUGCCAGGUGCUUGAUGGUUACUGGAUGUUCUAUGAGGAGCCAAAUUUUAGGGGCCGCCAGUAUUACCUGAAACCUGGAGAGUACAGAAGAUAUUCUGACUGGGGUGCCAUGAACCCAAGAAUUGGCUCAUUCAGGAGACUCCACCAUUUCUAAUAUGUUAUAUUAAUUGAUGAUAUUACAUGUUAUUUAUAAUUCAAUAAACAAAUUAAACAGUUA